AGCGGGUGGAGCAAUCCCUGCAGAGAGAGGAAGUCAGUUCUGGCCAAAUUGCAAUGGCCACUGCAACCGACCAGUUGGUUGGGUACGGCUUGGUAGCCUUCAGCCUCGUUCUCUUUGCAUACUAUACCACCUGGAUUGUUAUACUGCCCUUCAUUGAGAGUGACCACGUGAUUCACAAGUACUUCUUGCCACGGGAGUUCUCCGUGAUCAUCCCUGUUGUUGCAGGACUCCUGUUGCUGCUCUUUGUAGGAGCUUUUAUCGCCAUCGUCUCGUGGAAGAACCGGAAGUCUGCCAAGAAGGCGGCUUGAAGGCGGCGAGGUGGAAGGAGAGUCAGGGAAAAUCUGCUGGGCUGUUGGCUCUAACGGUGUGUUUUUUGGACGACAAUUCAACCCCCAGGAACUUGCAGGUCCCAGCAGGUGACGGAAAGUGCAGCUGAACAUGAGCGUUGCCUUUGUCGGCCUGCGCCAGCGUGGACGUCGCUUCUGGUGCACGGACCAAAUGGAUUCCAAGCGGGUUUCUCCUGGAAACAACCCAAAUGUUGCUCUUCUGCACCACCUGCUGGAAUACGUGGACCAAGCGGGUUUUGCACUCUGCCUCCCCAGGUCCUUGUGGAUGUUUUCCCCAGUGUCGUACCUAGACCCUAAAUCUAGUUCCUCUACUUUAGUCUUCCCCAAUAUAGCACCCUCCAGAUGUGUUGGACUGCCAUUGGCCAUGCUGGCUGAGAAUUAUGGGAGUGGGUAGUCCAACGCAUCUGGUGGGCGCUAUAUUGGGGAAGUCUGCUGUAAUUGAACCUCAACCUCUUUUUAGGGGCUCCAGUUUUCCUCUGACCCUGCCGCUCCUCCCUCUCUCAGUCCCUCUGCCCCAUUCUCCGUUUAGCUUUUGGGCCUGUGUUUUCCUCUUGGUAUCAUCCCUAUUCAGGCAUUCUAAGUUCUCAGUUCCGUAAUCCAGCGUUCCUCUUGACAUCAGCCCUAUUUAGGUGUUCUAAAUUCCCAGUUUCCUAUUCUGGUGUCCCUCUUGAUAUCAGCCCUAUUCAGGUGUUCUAAAUUCCCAGUUUCCUAUUCUGCCGUUCCUCUUGAUAUCAACCCUAUUCAGGUGUUCUAAAUUCCCAGUUUCCUAUUCUGGCGUUCCUCUUAAUAUCAACCCUAUUCAGGUGUUCUAAAUUCCCAGUUUCCUGUUCUGCCGUUCCUCUUAAUAUCAACCCUAUUCAGGUGUUCUAAAUUCCCAGUUUCCUAUUCUGGCGUUCCUCUUAAUAUCAACCCUAUUCAGGUGUUCUAAAUUCCCAGUUUCCUGUUCUGCCGUUCCUCUUAAUAUCAACCCUAUUCAGGUGUUCUAAAUUCCCAGUUUCCUAUUCUGGCGUUCCUCUUAAUAUCAACCCUAUUCAGGUGUUCUAAAUUCUCAGUUUCCUAUUCUGGCGUUCCUCUAGAUAUCAGCCCUAUUCAGGUGUUCUAAAUUCCCAGUUUCCUAUUCUGGCGUUCCUCUCAAUAUCAACCCUAUUCAGGUGUUCUAAAUUCCCAGUUUCCUAUUCUGGCGUUCCUCUUAAUAUCAACCCUAUUCAGGUGUUCUAAAUUCUCAGUUUCCUAUUCUGGCGUUCCUCUAGAUAUCAGCCCUAUUCAGGUGUUCUAAAUUCCCAGUUUCCUAUUCUGGCGUUCCUCUCAAUAUCAACCCUAUUCAGGUGUUCUAAAUUCUCAGUUUCCUAUUCUGGCGUUCCUCUAGAUAUCAGCCCUAUUCAGGUGUUCUAAAUUCCCAGUUUCCUAUUCUGGCGUUCCUCUCAAUAUCAACCCUAUUCAGGUGUUCUAAAUUCUCAAGUUUCCUAUUCUGGCGUUCCUCUAGAUAUCAGCCCUAUUCAGGUGUUCUAAAUUCCCAGUUUCCUAUUCCGGCAUUCCUCUUGAUUUCAACCCUAUUCAGAUGUUCUAAAUCCCCGACGUGAUGGGGAUGAGCAUGCCAGCUUCUCACCCUCUGUGACUUGGCGGUUGACUAUCUGCAAUGAGAGUCCUGCUCUUCCUGUGUCGACGCCCUGGACAAUUUAGAAACCAAAUUUACAAGCCCAGCUACAAACACAUUCAGAACCCCCAACCUGGUGGAGGAUGGAGGACAGGGACGGAAAGGCUGGAGUUCUCAUCCUUGCUCACCCUCAGGAGGGAAAGGAACACCUGAAUCGGGCUACGUUCCUUCGCACUUUCUAAUACCUGUAAAUGACACCGGAGCAAACCAACAUUGGUAGGAUUACAUACAGGCAACACUUGAUAAGAUCAGUUUUCUGUGUCCUUAGACAACAGUGGCAAACCAGCUGUUGUUUUUAUUGGGGCCACUACUGGUACACCAAGUGUAAGCAGGCUGGUGUCCUCUAGAUGUUUUGGACCGGCUCCCAUAAGCCCCAGCCAGGAACCCUGGGUGUUGUCAUCCAAAACAUCUGGAGUGUACCAGGUGGCUUUCACCCAUCCAGAUCCCCUUUGGUGGGGGGAGACGGGAGGGUCAGUUGAAAGUGAUCCAGGCACUUUGAGUUCUCUGGGAGAAAACGCUCCCUUCUCUCUCUGGAUUCCCCAAUCGGUGCUUUGGGAUGGGUGCCGGCUUCUGAAAGAGCCCCCUCCCUUUGAACAGCCGUCUGAUCUGCGCUGCCAUUGAGGUCGCGGUGCCACACCCCAAAAGCCUCCCCAGCCGAUUCCUGCAGACGAAGUUUCUGCAGUUAAGAACAGAAACUGCCAAGGGAUGUCAGGCUGUGGGGGAGGGGGUUUUUUGGAGGUGGGGAGGGCAAUGAGCAAGAUGGAGCCAGGCCCACGUCCUUGCCACGGUCCCCCUUAUCCAACUGCUUGCCCUUUCUUUAAAACGACCCAAGGUGUAGAGAGCAGGAUGCUGACCUUGGUGGUGCUUGCACGCUUGGAGAAAGCAGGCAAACCGGCGUAGGAAGAAAGGGAGGAGGGGCAGCAGGCUGCUGAAGAGACUUGUGGGCUGCCUUCUCGGUAGUGGCCCCGGGUAGAUGCUCAAUGAUAGCUAGCCAGUUGGCAACCUUCUCUAAGCCCCCGACACUUUUGUAUCUUCCUUCCCCCGGAGUAACUUCCUCCGUCCUGCCCUCCCACCCCUUGCCUGGAAAAAUUACAGGAGCGGGUGUGCUCCCCCCCCCCCCCGGGGUCCUGUCAUUUGCAGCCAUCUUUUGGACCACACUGUUUUAAAGCAGGCCAGGCGGCUGAAAUCGGCACACUUUCCUCUGCCGAGCGAAUCUCCAGCGCUUCCAUUCAAGCAGCAUACCGGCACCCCCUGCUGGUGCCCCUGGGAUAUCGCCGCCGCUUCGUAAUUGUAGCAUCCUUUAGGUGGGGGAGGUUUCUGCAGCUCAGCUUGUAUGUCUGUUAAAUGGGGGUAUAAACGUUAGCCCGGACAAGUCGGUUCUGCUUUAAUAACCCAGGGGUGGCCAAAAUUUUGUAUACACACACACAACAGAAUGCUUUACGCUAUCUCCUGGUGUUCGUCUUGCAUUCAGAAGACGGAGCAAAGUGAAUUCAUAUUUCUGUGCUUGGUUUUAUUACGGAAGGUAGAUUUCCUGCCCAAAAUGUGUUAAACUCAUCACAAUAAAGCAGUUUUCUUAUCACCCCUGAAGGGUUUGUCCAAUACCCACCCACCCUGGACAGUUUAUGUAUGUAUAAAAUCAUAGAAUAGCAGGGUUGGAAGGGGCCUAUAAGGCCAUCAAGCCCAACCCCCUGCUCAUUGCAGGAAUCUACCUUAAAGCAUCCCUGACAGAUGCUUGUCCAGCUGCCUCUUGAAGGCCUCUAGUGUGGGAGAGCCCACAACCUCCCUAGGUAACUGGUUCCAUUGUCAUACUGCUCUAGCAGUCAGGAAGCUUUUCCUGAUGUCCAGCCGGAAUCUGGCUUCCUGUCACUUGAGCCCGUUAUUCCAUGUCCUGCAGUCUGGGAUGAUCGAGAAGAGAUCCUGGCCCUCCUCUGUGUGACAACCUUUUAAGUAUUUGAAGAGUGCUAUCAUGUGUCCAUCUGUCAGGGAUGCUUUAGGGUGGAUUCCUGCAUUGAGCAGGGGGUUGGACUCGAUGGCCUUGUAGGCCCCUUCCAACUCUGCUAUUCUAUGAUUCUAUGUCUCCCAUUGGUAUGCAACCGAUGCUGAUAGAUCUGGUAAUAAAACACGGGCUGGAUUCUCCGUGGAUAAGUUUUUCAG